UUCAAGAUGGCGCUCGAAGUUGAAUCUGCAGAGUGAGUGUGAAUCCUUGUUUUUCGGGGAGCAAAGGAAGUAUUAAUUGCUCUACUACUUAUUUAAUGCAGACUUAAUGAUAUUCUUGUAAAUAUCUAGUGGUUUAAACCUGUUUUGAGAGAGCGAUUCAUUUCAUGAGAUCAUCCUAGAGGCAUGCACGUGUCUUCCAAAAGUGAAUGCAGAGAUAGUUUGCAGACGCUGGCGAACAAAGCAACACACAUGUAUUCAACAUUAUUUAACUUAACCUCUUUUAAUUCAACAAGUUAGCUAGUAGUAAAGUGAACGUCUUAUGAAUAUGUUCUUGCUAGGCAAGAUAGAAAUCAGCAAUAUUUGCGUUAGAUGUAUGAUUCACAUUCUAUGAUAUUAGCAUGUUUUAUGCUAUCUUUAAAUUCGAAGUAAAAUAAAGUCAUUGAUUGAUUGCGUGAAUUUCUGCCUUGUUGACUCUUGUUUUGUUUUCUUUCAGUGUAAUCCGACUUAUCCAACAAUUUCUGAAAGAAAACAGUCUACCAAGAACUCUUGCAACUCUGCAGGUAGAGAAUACACAGAUAUGUUUAAAACUGUUAUACUUGUACAAGCGAAUGCAAGCAAACGUUGAUGAAUGCUGCUGAGAAAAUUUUUGGUCUCAGAAAAUUUUGAUGCCACUCAAAAUAUCUUAGAAGCAUUUGUGAGUCUCAAAGUCUUGUUGUUGUGUGUUCCCUUUCUCUCAAAGUAUUGUUCCAGUGCAUUUUUCUCCACUCGGGUUUGUGAACUACAUCAGGGCUGCCAUGGUCAGGGAAAAGUCAGGGAAUUUUCUAAAACGUGAGAGAAAAUCUUUGAUAUUGUCAGAGUAGUGAAAAGUCAGGGAAUUCUGUUUUCCCGUUUAUAGUUCAUAAGUUUUCAUCACUAUUUUGAAAUGCAUUUUCUUUUGGAAAAGACUAAAAGUAUGCUGCAAAGCAAGUAAAGUGAUCAGUUUGACACUCUACGUCUGACACAUGUAGUAGUUGUGGUCAGUGGUUUUCGUUGUGAAUGCUUUCUUCCAAAUUCCUUCUUCCUCUUUCUGUGAAAAACCGAAAGAGGUUGAAAAUGAAGAGAAAACUAUCGAUGGCCUGCAAAAAAGCUUAAGUGAAGGUAAACAUGGAUUGUUUCUCAUUAAUAAAAGGUUGUUGAAAACUGUUUAAAUUUUAGUGAAAAGUCCGGGAAAAGUCUGGGAAUUUUUAACUUUCUGAUGAGUGGCAGCCCUGCACAUGUAUUAUUUUACUGCCCUAAUACAGUAACAGUGAAACCUCUCCCUUAGGACAUCUCUACAAAUAAUUCCAGUUCAAGUUCAUACACAGUAAUUCUUUUAAAAAAGCUUUGCUUUUCAGACCUCCUCUUCCUUAAAGAGUUUUUAAUGACCCUACAGCCCAUGAUGGGUAUGGUUUUGUUUUUGACCCUCACAUUAUUGCUUCCUUACCAAAAAAAAUUAUGUAUUUUUAUCACAGGAAGAAACAGGAAUCACCUUGAAUACUGUUGAUAGCGUGGAAAGCUUUAUUGGAGAAAUUAACAAUGGACACUGGGACACAGUGUUACAAGCUAUUCAACCUCUUAAAUUACCAGACAAGAAACUUAUUGACUUGUAUGAACAGGUAUAUAUGGCUCCUUCAUGAUAUUAUCCUUAAUGGAAAGCCUUUUUGUAAAGUGCAAUGAAAAGGAGUUAUAAUAUUAAUGACAACCUGCACAGAUAUUAUGCACUAUUACGUGUAGUUAUUUCUACUAUGAUAGAACUUCAAUAACUUGAACUUGGAUGAAUUGAAUUUCUUGCUAACUCAAACUUAAAUAAUAAUUUUCUUUCCUUUGAUCACAAUUUCACUGAAAUGUGCCCGAUAACUCGAAUUCCCCAGUUACUCGAACUGUUUUUCGUUUCCCUUCAGAGUUUGAGUUACUGGGGUUCUACUGUAAUUGUAAUUUUUACUCCUCUAAAAUCAGUCAGUUGCAUAUGUGUUACAGAUGAAUUAGGGCUAGGAGACAAAGGAAACUGAGAAUCAACCAAGGUGAAAGAAUUUUAACCUGAAUUUAAUUUUGACCUGUAACAUGUUCAGUGGGAGAUCCAGACCUUCAGGUAAAGGGGUGGGGGGAGACGGUCAUCGAGGCCCUGAUAUAAGGGAGGGGGGCCUGAGGCCUGGUCUCACGUCAGGCCUCAGUUUGAUUUAAAAAAAGGGGGGAGUGGAGGGGCACGGGUCCUGGGUCCCCCGGACCCCUCCCCAGGAUCCACCACCCAUAUACAUGUACUCUCUUACAUGUACAUAUUAUUUACAAGUACAUUUAGUGUGAUAUAUUGCAAGUAUGGGGAAUGCAUUGUAACAAGACCUUCUGUAUGCUUUAUGAGAAUGACUGCUGUGUGAAUACUGGCUAAUUUAGCCUUUCUUGACUGGUUCAUUAUUCAACUGCCCUUAAUUGCUUGCAUGGGGCUGUUGCACUGAUGUUAUCAUCUUGUACAGUGAAAAAAUAUAUUACAUGUACUUUCAUCUGGCACAUAAUAAAAUUUUUAUCAGAUUGUAUUGGAGUUGAUUGAGCUGCGUGAAUUGGGAGCUGCAAGGUCAUUGUUACGUCAAACAGAUCCGAUGAUCAUGUUGAAGCAGCAGCAACCUGAUCGAUAUCUCCAUCUAGAGAACAUGCUGGCCCGUUCAUACUUUGAUCCCAGGGAGGCAAGUAAAAUGAAUUAAUAUGCUUUGGAAAUGAAAUUCAUCUUACAAUGUAUCAUUGAAGUAACACUGCAAGUACUUUAAAGUGAUCAUAGUUCUUCUCCGGGCAUUAAACAUCUAAUGAUGUAAUUUUUCAUUGACUUUUUGGAACAUACAUUUACGCUGUGCAUGGACACUGUAGCUGUUUUUGAUUUUGUGAUCAUAAUUUAAACUUGUAGGCCUAUCCAGAAGGUGGCAGUAAAGAGCGCAGAAGGGCAGCCAUUGCACAAGGUGAUUAUAAGUAACAUUAACAAUAAUUUACGUGACUGUAUGUAAUAUUAGAAACCUGAAUAAAUUAUAGUGUGACAAUGAUAUCAUUGUGUUUUUUUCACAGUGCACAUUUCUUUUUUAUUUGCAUAAGCUGGCUUCUACACUGUAGUACUUUUACUGUGGGAAAAAUGUAACGUUACUUUAAUAGGCUCUAGUUUUAGAAGGACUGAAUUGAUGUACAAUGCAAGGGAGCAUACAUCUUUGUAUAGUACAAAAAAUAUAUAAUUGUCUAUCUUGUAUGUGUUUGUUAUAUAAUUGUCUAUCUUGUAGACGAAAACCUUUCAUGGAAUAUACACAUUGAAAAAAUAGCCAAGAAAAUCGCAUCGGGCAUUGGAGUAAUUAAACGUUGUAGGCCUUUUGUUAAUCGAACCACAUUGGAGUCCGUUUUCAAUGCCUUAGUUCAACCGUACUUUAAUUACUGCAGCGAGGUCUGGGGGCAUUGUAACAAAAGUCUUUCGAAUAAGCUCCAAAAGUUGCAAAACCGGGCUGCCCGUAUUCUAACCUUCUCCAGUUAUGACACAAGCGCUGAUCCUCUUCUUGAGCAACUCAACUGGAAACGGUUGGAUACUCAGCGACAAAUACAAGUGGCCACCAUGGUCUAUAAAUCUAUACAUGGUCUUGCGCCCGACUAUCUUGGUUCUCUUUUCACUAAAUAUAAUCCACCUUAUAAUUUAAGGAACUCUGAAAACAAACUAGCUGUUCCAUUGCCCCGCACCAAUUUCUUGAAAAAUAGCUUUAGCUAUAAUGGUGCGGUUAUCUGGAACAGCUUGUCCCCUGAAUUGCGGCAAGCAAAAUCACUUAAAUCUUUUCGAAAUGGUUGUCGCGAUUUCUUUGACUGAAUCGAUAAAACGCACACGGCAUCUAUGUAAAGCAGAAUUUCUUUAUUUUCUCUAUCUUUACUAUUUAAAUUUUUAGAUCAUGUUUAUAUAGAUUAAAGUAGAUUGUAAUUUUUUAUUAUUAUUAUUUUAUCUGAUAGAUUUACCGUGUUUAAAUAAAAAUAAAGUUCAAGUUCAAGUUGUUUGAUCUUUUUAUCUCUGGUGUGUAUUGUAUGUAACCAAAAUUCUUUUCCAUGGCAAUAUUUUAUAUUAGUAACAUUUUAGUGUAGUAAAGAUGUGUUUUAAAAAGAAACCAACAUGUGUGUGAAAGUACAGGUGUAUUGUUAAAGAUUGUGGUAAAACGUGAGCCAGCUGUUGAUGUGUGUCUGGUGGUGGGGUCACCUUUUAAAGGCAUUAGCAGAAAACCGUGUCCUGAGUGUACAUGCUUUCACAUUAUCUGACAGCUCUCUCAGGAGAGGUCUCUGUGGUUCCUCCAUCACGUUUACUGGCCUUACUUAGUCAGGCACUCAAAUGGCAGCAGUAUCAAGGUCUCCUCCCUCCUGGAACAACCAUUGAUGUUUUCCGUGGUAAGGCGGCAGUUAAGGAUGAAGAGGAAGAGAGAUAUCCUACACAACUUAACAGAACGAUCAAAGUAAGUGUUGCACCUAUUACUUCCUGACCUAUUUUCCCAACAGAACAUUGUCAGUAGUAAUUAAGUACUACUAUUUUUACUUUCCUGAUUCCCAGCCUUAUUCUUCUUAGAAUUGAUAAAGUGACCCUAAACAACUUUCCACCUUUUUAAUAUUUUGCAUUUUUGCAUCGACUUUUUGGACACAGCUACAAAAAAUUGGUGAGAUUUUUGUACAAGUUGUACUUUGUUAUUCACUGUCAGCUGCACAAUGUCAACAACAGCAUGUUAUUGGCGUAACCUUUUAAGCCUCAAUAUCCACAUACAAAUUCUCCAAACUGAUCUCUAUACAUUUCCUUCAUUGAUGGGUUGAGAGAAUUUAAUAAAAGAUGAAAGUAGUGUCUCUUACGUGAUCAUUUUGUUAAUUCUCAUAACCUUAUCUCUUGACAAUCUAUGGAUAUUGUUAGGAGAAAAUUGAUGUUGGUCACUAUUGAGACUUAAAGGGUUAAUGCUGUCCUAUCAGUCAUCCUCAGUAAAAGGAUACAGUGUAUGCUGCCCAAAACCAUUUUUUUAAAAUUUACACAAUUCUUUAUUUUUCACAGUUUGGAGCCAAAUCCCACCCAGAAUGUGUCAAGUUUUCUCCUGAUGGCCAGUACCUAGUCACAGGAAGUGUAGAUGGUUUUAUUGAAGUGUGGAAUUUCACAACUGGGAAGAUCAGAAAAGAUCUUAAGUACCAAGCUCAAGAUAAUUUCAUGAUGAUGGAUGAUUCUGUUCUAUGUUUGGCAUUUAGUAGAGACAGUGAAAUGUUAGCUUCUGGAGGACAGGACGGAAAGUUAAAGGUACAUGAGUCACAAAACACAUGUUUGUUUACACAUGACUUUGGUACAGUGUGUCUUAAAUGUAGACAACACACCAGAAGUGCUUUAAAUACAGGUACUUACUUUAUGAUAAUUAUAUGUAGCACAGAGAUGGAGAAAAGAUAGAUUCCAGCAGUUACAGUGUAGGAAGAACAACUUCAAACACUAGAUUGUGACUUUCAUUUCACAGGCUUUCAGCUUUUUACUAGUCAUGUGAUGUUGUUUCUGGGUUGAAAUGAAAUUUACCCUCUCAGUUGUUGCAAGUAUUGUUCGUACCACUGUUGGACCCAAAAAGGAUAAUAAAGAACUUUUUUGAACAAGACAAUUUUAACUUUUUGGAGUUAAAAAAAGGAUUUUUGAGAUAGGUUGUGAAAUUGCAAGACUCCAAGACAAAGUUGUGAGAGUUUGCAAGUCUUUAUGGCUUUGAUGCAGUGUUCAUGGGGAAAUUAAGAUAACAUUUCUAAAAUUUUGCUAUUGUAGAGCGGUAUUUUGUCUGUGUUUAUAAAUUGAUAGUAGGGCAUCCCUUUGAGGAUAUCAAGCUUUUAUAUGGCGUACAUGUAACUGUAUGCAAAAUGCUCUACGAUGUCACUUAUCAAGUGCGCAUAUUACAAUCAGGUGCAGCAAAACAAGUUGGGAAAUUCUUUUUGAUGCAUUCACUUAUAAACAACAUACAUGUAAAAUCAAGAUGUAUGUCCUGACUUGGUCUCUUUUUAACCAAAUCAUGGUUUCAAGCAGGUACGAGCACAUCCCAAAAGUGCAGUCACUACCGUUUACAUGAUGUGUAAAAUUACGUUGUCACAGGUAUGGAAGCUACAAACUGGACAGUGUUUGAGACGGUUUGAGAAAGCCCAUGCAAAAGGUGUAACAUGUGUAACAUUCUCCCGUGAUGCCAGCCAGCUUUUGAGUGGCUCCUUUGAUAUGACAAUAAGGUAGUUUAUGACACUUUGUUUUCUUCAUUCUUACUCAUGACCAACAAUAGAAAAUAGUAUGUAAGUUGUCUGUAACAUGAGUCAUCUGCAAUUAUCAUGUCAAAAUAAGAACUGACCUCUUUUAAAUUACUUGUAUCUACGUAUAUUGAGUGAGUUAAUUAUUGUAAUAAAAUAAUAUCCAGUUGAACUUCUCUAAGUUUUCCACGUUGAGUCCUGAAAGAUGGGCAAAUGUAGUUUUGUAGACAAAGAAGCCAUUAAUUUGUUGAGGUUCAACAGUAUAAAAUUAUAUAGUCUGAUCCCGGGGGGGGUACUCCCAUACAUUACCUAUACAGGUAUGUGCCGCCCAACAGGGUCGUGAUUUUAAAGCUCCUGGUUCAGAACGGGGUAUCCAUUUCAGAGGCGUUUUCUAGAAUGGGGUAUAAUAUUUCGAACGCAUGAAAGCUCCAGUUUUGUAAGCAGCCAUUUGAAAUUAUUCAAGGACAGAUUGCUUUUAAAAAUACGGCUCAAUGCGUUACUGAAGCAAACUGUAUAUACUCUUGUUGCACCCUAGAACGGAGUAUAAAAAAUUGGCCCAUUUCUAGAACGGGGUAUCAGUUUUAGGGCGAAUUAUAGAACAGGGUAUAAAAAAUUGGCCCAUUUCUAGAACGGGGUAUCGAUUUUAGGGGAAUUUUUUUUUAGAACGAGGUGCCAAUUUGGAGUCCCAGGCCGCACAUACCCACCAAAAAAAUACCCAAGUGCCCCCCCACCCCCCAGGAGUCUGAUUAACGUGCAUGUACUGUCAGUUUUCUAAUUUUUUGGGAACAUUCAUGUUCAUGUGCUGUAGUUAUUCUGCAAACUUCAGGUUUGAUUUUUACAUGAUCUUUUUUCUUUGUUCCAGAAUGCAUGGCCUUAAGUCUGGGAAGACACUAAAGGAAUUUCGAGGACAUACAUCUUUUGUAAAUGAUGCUAUUUUUACAAUGGAUGCUCAUAACAUCAUUAGUGCUAGUAGUGAUGGAACAGUUAAGGUACAUGAUGUACAAAAAUAUUACUCAAUGAUUUUUUUACAUUGUAAAACCAAAAUCAACAUUACUAACCUGAGAUCAGGCUCAAUUUUCGUUUUGCUUUGUAAUAACAUUCGGGCGAGCAAGGCGAAACUCAGGUUAACAUUACAUGUGUAUUUACACAAUCUGUAAAAUACCUAAGUAUUUUGCUUAUUUUCAAUGCACACAAAACUAAGCAAAUUUUGGCUUGUGGCGAUUUUGGAGCAAGAAAACAUACCAUUAAAAAUUUCCCCAAUGAUUUUCACUUUUUGGCUGAAAUCACAUAAUGCCAAAAAUGUCCACUUUCCUGGCAGUUUCUUGUCAUCCUACAUGUAUAAUGUGUUACAUACAUGUUCAAAACAAUAUGUUUCCUUAGACAAUCAGUGAAACCUGCUUAAUGAUUUCAGAUUUUGCGUGUGCUACACAUUUUCUCACUGGAAUCAAAGUUAUAGUUAUAUUGCUAAGGGAAAGUUUUUCCGAGGGGCAUGCGGAAGUAUGACUGGUUUACAAAAUUAUUGUUUGUUAAUUUUUGUCUUAUUUUCAGCUUUGGAAUAUCAAAACAACUGAAUGUCUUCACACUUUCAAGCCAUCAGUAGGUAGUGUGGCGACAGACAUCACAGUCAACUCUGUACAUGUUAUGCCAAGAAACCCAGAACAGUUUGUGGUGUGUAACAGAACAAGCACCGUACUUGUCAUGAACAUGCAGGGACAGGUUAGAUUCAUUUAUAAGUUGACAAUUUUUUGGCAAAGACAGCAUAGGCCUCUAGUCUUAAGUCUGCUAACAAGUUCUCCAUUUCUCAGGCGUGACUUCUUGUGGCUCCCCUAAAAGGAGAGCCAGCUGCUGGCAGGUCAUCUAGUCUCUCUCUGCCCACACCUAGGGUACAUGAAUGCACAGAAAGAUACCUGACAUAUCAGACAACUGUGUAGUAGAGCAAAUGAAACAUGCCUGGAACCAUAGUUAUUAAAGUGGAAUGGUUAUGAAACCCUUUAGACUCUUUGUUUGUUUUGUUUGCUUUUUUAUCUGACUGUGCACAACGUUCAAUAGCAUUCCUAUCAUUUUGAACUUACUGACCAAUAGAAACAUCAUGUUAAUUUAUUCCGUUACAAUCUGUGAAGGAUUGCUCACGGUCAGGGAGCUUCCAACAUAAACUACAGCACCGUUGUUUUCUCUUUUAUGUUUGCUGGCUUUCAUAACAAGUCUCCUUGACUAACUAUGCUGGAACACUGUGACACAAUGCAUAUAGCCUGCGAACAGCAGAUGUAUUUGCAGUCGUCAGCGAUGUCCGGAAAUAUGUCUGCUGUUCGCAGGCUUCAAUGUAUAGGGCCUGGCUGCCAUUAGCUAGUCUCCUGUACUUUUCAGCUUGUACAUGUAUAUAAAAAUAAAAUUUGUUUUUUCAAGUGAAAAGUGCCUAGUGAUUCUGUAGAGAUUGAUUUGAGAAAGAGUUUGGCUGGGCUGCUGGGACUCAAGAUGCUAGGUUAAGGAGGUGAUCUUUGAAUGCCAAGGAAUAGAUAAUCAUACUGAGUCAUCAUUGUCGAAAGGAUAACUUUAAUAAGAAAUAGGGGACAUGUUUUGACGUUGGUCAUUUUGUUGUUUAGAUUGUGCGAAGCUUCACAAGUGGUAAGAGAGAUGGUGGUGACUUUGUAUGCUGCACCCUCUCUCCCAGAGGAGAAUGGGUCUACUGUGUAGGGGAGGACAUGGUCAUGUAUUGUUUUAGUACCAUGACAGGAAAACUAGAACAAUCCUUACAGGUAUGCACUAUUUAUUUUCUUAAGCUGAUCCAGAGUGAGGCACCCAGCAACCAGCAAAUAGCCUGACUUAUUGAAAAAAAAAUUCAUACAUGUAGUGUCAUCUUUGUCUGUCCACUUUGAUCACCUGUAACAUCAAGUGAACUCAGCUGUAACAGGUGUGACGGGUUAAGGCCCUUAAUGUCAGCGAUGUUGUAGAAGCCCUAACUUCAAGCUACAUGUGCAUGUGAUCCAACCAUGCCCCUUUUUUAUAUGAAAAGUGUAUCCAUAGCUCCUACAGAUUUUAAAUUGGGCAAGGGUUGUGAGACGGGACCUACAGUUUAUCUUCCUUAUCCAAGAACAGCUUUUUCAGUUUUUUUAUGAGCCCAAGUAUUGGCCAAGGUUUGCGCAGCAGACUAGCACUCAUCCAGUUGAGCACGGUAAUGAGUGUGACAAAAAGCCCUACUUUUAGCUGGUUUCAAAAUGGCAUCAGACUUGUGAAAAUUAUUGUUGUCUUUCCCCUUUUCCUAACAAAUCAAAUGUUUAUGGUUUAUGUUCUGCAAGUUCUUAUAACUUUUUUUGUAUUUUUCCUGCAAUUUACAUUAGGUUCAUGACAAGGAUGUGAUUGGUGUUGUACAUCACCCACAUAAUAAUCUUAUAUCAACAUACAGUGAAGACGGACAGCUUAAAUUGUGGCAGCCAUAGUGAUCCAUGAUAAAGAAUAACACCAUGGAUGAAGAAAGAGCAUCUCCAAGGAGGCUUCCUGAGGCUCUCUUUGGAGCAUUUUUCUGCAUUUUUUCUGUAGAAGCUAGGUUACAAGAAAGGCCAUUGGGACUGAUUAUUUGAUCUUGUACAAUGUACAAAAUGUAGUAGAGAGGACAUUGAUGCAUUACCAUUGUUUAAGGAGAUUUCGAACUUUUCUUAAGGCUCUGUAAAUAAAUAAAUUUUUUUAACUAGGAACUUGAUUUUAGUUCCUGUUUUGAGCUGGCUUUUUUUCUACCAUCUACCUUUUCUGUUUGGAGGUAUUUCUAUUUUGAUUAAUAUUGUGAAAAGCAUGUUGCUCAAGACACAUAAUUGAAGGAGGGGAUCUGGCUUCGCUUAUGGUUCUUGCUCACCACUGAAUCACAAGAAAGUAAUACCUGUUUUAGAGAAUAGUGUUUUGGGCAAAUAAUACUUUUUGUCCUGAAAAAUUGUUACUUUUUUCAUUCUUUUAUGUGAUAUGCACCUGCUUUGCCCAGGGUUUUUCUAAUGGCAGGUGCUUUUAGUUCUGUUGAUUAAAAAUAAAAUUGAUGUGGAGUUUGAAGCCUGGAAAAACGGAAGAA